AUGGUCGGCGGCCUCGCCGGCGAGCGGCUCCUCCAUAGGGACCCGGCGCGGGACGCAGCGGGAACGCGGCUGCCCGGCCCGGUCGCCAACCAGCGACGCGGGCGCCGGCGAGGGGCUGAGGGGCGCGGGGCGCGGCGGAACCACGCGCGGGAGGCGCCUCAGGAAACGCUGCUCGCGGCCCCGCUGGGGAUCAGUCCACCAUGUCUGCAGAGCUCCCCGGGCCAAACGCCUAGAGGUUUUAGAGUUUCUGGACUGGGAAUAUUGCAAGAAGUCUCCGCAACCUUCUCAACCUCUCGUCUUCUAAGGAAACCACGAAACUUUCGAGAGGAAAGCGGGUGGGGUGGGAGCUGUCCUCGGAAGGAAAAACCCCCAACAAGCAGGGAGGGCACAAAGGCUCCCCACGCCGCGCCCCGAGCCCCUCCUGCACCCCUGCGCGGACCGGGGAGGUGGGAAAGCGCCAAGCCGCGGGGGCGCGUCGGUGGGUCCGGGACGGCGGGGCCUCUGCAGGGCGCCUGGCCCUCGGUGACCUCGGCAGAGACCGCGGGCCGCGCGGCGGAAAGCGGAGAAACUCCCGCCCAGCCCUGGAGCCGCCCAGGAGCCACCCGCCGCCCCGCCGCGUCGGGGCGCUCCAGACGCGAGGCCCCGGAGGCUCCCGGUCCCUGGCCUCCCCUGCUGAGUUUGGGGCGGUUGGCCGUGGGCGCGCCCCGAGUCCGGUGCCUUCCGUCCAGCCGCCCACCCCGAGAUGUCUCCCCCACCACAGCCCCGCCGUGGCCAACGAGGUGGGAGCGGCCACUACGGAGAGACCCACGGCGGCGCCGGACGCCAGCCCUUCCUAGGCCCCUGCCCGGCCGAGGCGGCCCGGAACCUUCCCUGCUGCGCAGGCCUUUAUUUAUUCAGCAGCUACUACGUGCUGGCCGGCACUGCCGAGGGAACGGCCCCCGGCCCCAGGCGGGGCAAUGCCGGGAGCACCGCCGGCGGGGCCUGGAUCCCGAGCUUCAUUGUCCCCGGCCCCUCAGUCUGAGGCGGCGCCCCCCAGGCCCAGAUCUCCCCUUCAGCCGGUUUACACCGCCGCGCCCCAUCAUCUUCUUCUGGGCUACCGAGCAGUUCUUUUAAAAUGACAACACCGAGGAAGGCCCCGAAACCCAGUCUUGCACCUCGUGGUGUGAGUCGUUUAAUCCUGCCCGCUAAAGCGUCAGGAGUUUCCCCCGUGUGCAGGACUCGGCGCUGGGCAGGGGCUCCCGCGGGGGUCCCGGGGGACCGACCUCCGCCUCCCCUGCGGGUUCACAGGCCUGCGAGGGAGUCGCGUGAAGGAGACUCGCGCUGUGCGGGGCUGGCCUGCGCUAGGGCAGCCGCUGCCCCGGGGUGAGGGCGGCUUUCGGCUCCCGAAGCCAUCCCGUCGGGGCGUCUGCGGCUAAUCUCUCAGGCGGAGAGGCUCAGACUUGGAACACACUUCACGGAAGGGGUCCUAGAAGGGGCAGGGGGGUCGUGUUUGCCCUUAGACCAGUCUGGGCGUGAAGUGGACACUUUAAACCACCAGAAACGCUGGAGAGCUUGCAG